AGCAAUUUUCUAGUCACAAAAAUACGUGUGAUUAAGAUAAGGACAUAAAAGUCAGUAAUAAGUACUAUGAAUUAAAACAUUAUUAUAGACGUGAGUGUCGAGUUCCUGAGACAGUGAGCAAAAUAAACAAGAUGGCGGUAGCGACAGUAAUGCAUGAGUGUGAGGUGCGAUAGUGAGGUUGGUCUUCAGUGUGUUGCUGCCACACUCCCCAUCAUGGACAGUGGCAGCCAGACGUCCCCCUCCAGCAAGCAGGUGUGCAAGAGGACCCAGUAUGAAGACCCCUUUGCCCUGCACUCCCUCCUCUCCAGCUCAGGGAGCCUCCUUGACAAUGAGAACUCCCUCUUCAUGGGCCAACUCCUUCCUCCCUUGCGCGGGAUUGAGGACCAGUGCGAGGGGGGCAACACGGGGCGCACUGGGGGGCGGGGCAGCACUGGAGGAGGAGUGCUGCAGCCUUCCAGUGCCCCGACUUCCCCCCAGCACCGCCACACCAGUGCUACCUCCCCACCACCUCUCUCCCCCGUGCCCCUCGGUGCUUCUGCUGCCUCCACCUCCUCGGACCCCAAUUUUCACGCCACCAGUCUGAGGGAGAGGAAUGCGGCAAUGCUCAACAAUGAACUGAUGGCAGAUGUGCACUUUGUGGUUGGCCAGCCAGGCAGCACACAGAGGAUCCCGGCCCAUAAGUACGUGUUGGCAGUGGGCAGCAGUGUCUUCUAUGCCAUGUUCUACGGGGGACUCAAGUCAGAAGAGGAGGUGCAGGUGCCUGAUGUGGAGCCCUCGGCCUUCCUUACCCUGCUCAGGUACCUGUAUUGUGAUGAGAUCCGGCUGGAGCCUGACACAGUCCUGGCCACACUGUAUGCAGCCAAAAAGUACCUCGUGCCACACCUUGCCCAGCAGUGUGUCAAGUUUCUGGAGGUGUCGCUCACGGCUCGCAACGCCUGUCUCCUCCUCUCACAGUCUCGGUUGUUUGAGGAGCCCGAACUGAUGACACGAUGCUGGGAGGUUAUUGAUGCACAGGCUGAGAUGGCACUUCAGUCUGAUGGGUUUGUUGACAUUGACUUUCCCACCCUGAUGAGUGUGCUGUCACGGGAGACUCUCAACUGCCGGGAGAUUGUGCUCUUCGAUGCUGCUCUCAACUGGGCCGAGGCGGAGUGUGUCAGGCAGGAAUUGGAGCUGAACCCAGAGAACAAGAGGAAGGUACUGGGUCAAGCAAUGAAUCUGAUCCGUAUCCCUUGCAUGGAGCUGGCAGAGUUUGCCAAUGGAGCAGCCCAGUCAGGCAUCCUCACGCUGCAGGAGACCACGGAUCUUUUUCUCCACUUCACGGCUCGCAACAAGCCCAGUGUGUCCUACCCCAUCAAGCCAAGGCAGGGACUCAAGAAGCAGAUCUGCCACAGGUUUCAGUCGUCAGCGUACCGAAGCAACCAGUGGCGGUACCGGGGCCGGGUGGACUCCAUCAACUUCAUGGUGGACAAGAGGAUAUUCAUCGUUGGUUAUGGCCUGUAUGGGUCAUCCAGCGGCGCGGCAGACUACAAUGUGCGCAUCGAGUUGAAGAAGUACGGAGAGGUCCUGGCAGAGAGCACCACCAAGUUCUUCUCAGACGGCUCAUCCAACACCUUCCACGUGUACUUCACUCACCCAGUGCAGGUGGAACGGGACGUGUACUACACCGCCUCUGCCAUCCUGGAUGGGGCUGAGCUCUCCUACUUUGGGCAGGAGGGCAUGAGUGAGGUGAACAUGGGGGCGCUCACCUUCAUGUUCCAUUGCUCCUCGGAAAGCACCAAUGGCACGGGCGUCCAGGGGGGCCAGAUCCCAGAGCUCAUAUUCUACGGCCCCACCCUGGAGGCCUCGGACAAGUAGCCGAGAUGGCCAAGUCUCUCCUGCUAGAGAUGGCCUGUGUAGCAUAUACAAUGGUUAUACCAUUGAUUGUAUUAUAGUUGUAAGGACACCAGUCACUGGUGGAACCAAUCUUCCUUCUGCAGAGCAAGCUUCAGGAAAAUGUUAACUCUUGUCAGUUCUAUUGGUUUAUCGUUAUCAUCAUUGUCAUCAUUAUUACUAUUUUAUUAUUUUUGUUAUCAUUAUCAGAUUUAAUGUUAAAACAAAGUGGCAAUUUAAUGUAGUGAAGUACGAAGAGUGACAUUGUGAUUGUGGAUAGAGGAGUAUUUGUGCAUUGAGUAGAUCACGAGUGAGAUUGUGUUAGUUAUUACAUCGACUUGAUGGUAGAGAGACCACACACUGGUGGCAGUGAAGGACAGCAGUGCCUGUGUUGUGUGCAGCCCAGUGCAGCGUGUGGAGAGUGUCCCCAGCAGACGUGGAGCUGCACAGCCUGGCGAUGGGAGGAGGAGGCCUUGUGCUGGACCCCAUGAUGGUAGUGCUGGGAGAGGGGAGGUGAUUGAUUCUGCCAUACUCCACAAAGGGGAAUGAUUGGCUUGGCUCUUCCUCCCUGGCAAUUGUGAAGGCAUCCAUCAGGCCCAGACGCCUGCCAUCCUGGUGACGGAUGCAGUGACUGGGGAGCCGUCAAGUAUCUCAUAGUAUAUUGGUAGUAUGUGUAUGAAUUCCUCAUUUCUCAUUGGCUGCUAUCCUUUGUUACUGUACAUACAGUAGGAGUUCCAAGGGAAUUAUUAUUAUCGCUAACUUAAUGAACAGUAGGAGUAAUCGUGCAUGAAUUCUACCCAGUAAUGUGCCAUCGACAGCUAGUGAGGAGCAGUUGUGAGGAGAGUGUCAGCAGAUAUUUAUGUGUGAGAAAACCAGUUUGCCAUAAAGGAUUUAAGGGAGAACUUUGCUAGUCGGAGGCUGAGAGUACAUAUAUUCUAGUUCUGAGUGUUGAUGUUGGGUAGAGAGUUCAAGGCAUUAAGUCAGUCAGUCUCUCUCUCUCUCUCUCUCUCUCUCUCUCUCUCUCUCUCUCUCUCUCUCUCUCUCUCUCUCUCUCUCUCUCUCUCUCUCUCUCUCUCUCUCUCUCUCUCUCUCUCUCUCUCUCUCUCUCUCUCUCUCUCUCUCUCUCUCUCUCUCUCAGAUGCUCAUUCUCAUUCAUUCUGUGUCUUGCUUCAAUCAGGAACACCUACACAUAGCACACAGGGAAAGAAGGGACAUGGACUCAUUAGCUUCCAUGUUUCAUUGAUCCUCAUAACCUUCACUACUUGUAAAAUGGGGAGGGUGUUAAUAUUUUUCAUCACUUUAAACCUUCUUUCAUACAUAUACUCAAAUAAUUACUGAGAGAGAGAGAGAGAGAGAGAGAGUACCAAGAUAAUUGAGGUUCUUUAAGGGGACUGAUCCUCCCACCUUGAAAGUGCCUGAAUUGUUGGAAUGAAAAACAAGAGUGUUGUGAAUGCUGGGUCAGAGAAGUGUUUGAAGCCCCUAGAUCAUGUGUCAAAACUGUGAAUAGUGAAGUUUUCAUGUAUCUGUGGUAGUCUAUACACAUUUCUGUUUAGUAAUGGUGUUUAUUUUCAUAGAAAUGUUUAUAUGUAAUUUGUUAAGUCUAAUAUUGUCUCACCUCCAUAGAUAGGAGAUGGUGAGGUCUACAUAAAUAGUACUGUAAUAUGGGGUCUACUUAGAGGACUAGUGGAAAUAUUUCUAACUUACAGUUCUCCCUGCAGGGAAACUGACUCUGAUAUAUUUAUUUGUCAGAGUGGAAGUGUAAGUCAGGUGGGAGCCAAUACUUUGUGUGGUGAGGCUCACACCUGAGUCACAAACAUCCCAAGUCACAAGUUACACUGGUGUCAAAGUGCUUACUGUUAGCACAGGGAUGUGGUGACGUCACUGCUCAUCUCCUUGUGCUGCAAAUAACUUGGGCAGUGGCCUUUACAUCCAGCUUCCUACCACAGCAUACCAGUGGUGGGGUUAGCACCAGUGAGGGCAUAGUGGUGUGAAGCAUGAGGCACCAGAGGCCUGAUAGCAUCUCACCCAGCUGUACAUGGCUGAUGCCUGGUGGGUGAGGUGUCUGUCAUCAGGGAAUAAGGCUGACUCACAUAUACAAGGAAUCUCCAAUGAGACAUGUAGGUGUGGAACCUGCCUUUCAAAACAGUAUGAGACAAUAUAUAUGUACAUACUAUCUAUGAGGAUAUUUUUCACUCACACUCAAAUUGCAGGAGGAGCAUCUAUGCCAAACCAGGGUUCUUAUGUACAGUGUUGGACUGCCUGUGUAUAACAUUGUAUUUUUAGUUUCCUGUGUAGAAGAGAACAUUUGCUAUGUUCAAGGACAAACUGAUAAUUUUGUUUAAUGGUGUAAUAUUAAUUCAAAAGAGCAUAUAGAGCAAAAAUUGUACAGACUGUCUUUAGAUGCACAUAUUUUCCAAAGGCAGUUUUCAGAUUAUUAAAAUUUUGAGUCAGAAGCUAAGCAUAAAUUACUACUUGAAAUAUAACUUGAAUACUCUGUAAAGUCUCAUUCCUAGUAAAUCAGUUUCUAUUAA